GCGCUUGCGCAGUGGGAGUUUUGGCAAGAUGGCGGAGGGGCCAGUGAGGAGGUAGGACUGUGAGAUGCAGUGAGACAGCCAGAGGAGCAAACAGCGGCGUCACGGGCAGCGGGACCGCUACACAGAGCUGACGGGAAGGCGACACGACGGGACAUUCACGGGCUCACAGGAAGCUAUUACAACACGCCGCCACAGCCCGGGAGGCUACCGGACAGUGCGGGACACAUGAGCCGGAGCAGAUCCCGGGAAGCACCGGUAGCGGCGGCGGAGGCUGCGGAAGAGGCAGAAGAAGAAGCAGCCGGCGGUCCCUGAGGGCCGGGAGCGGGCCCUUGAGGGCCCAGGCUCAGGAUGAAGUUCGCCGAGCAUCUGUCCGCGCACAUCACCCCGGAGUGGAGGAAGCAGUACAUCCAAUAUGAGGCUUUCAAAGAGAUGUUAUAUGCAGCCCAAGACCAGGCCCCAUCUAUAGAAGUAACAGAUGAUGAUACUGUAAAACGUUACUUUGCCAAGUUUGAAGAAAAGUUCUUCCAGACGUGUGAGAAAGAGCUUGCCAAAAUCAACACCUUUUAUUCAGAAAAGUUAGCGGAGGCUCAACGACGCUCAGCUACCCUACAAAAUGAACUGCAAUCUUCGCUGGAUGCACAAAGGGAAAGCAGCCGGGUACCAGCCCUCAGGCAGCGCAGGAAGGCCGUCUUCACCCUCUCACAUGAGGAGAGAGUCCAGCACAGAAAUAUUAGGGACCUGAAACUUGCUUUCAGCGAGUUCUAUCUCAGCUUAAUCUUAUUGCAGAAUUACCAGAAUCUCAACUUUACAGGGUUCCGCAAAAUCCUCAAGAAACAUGACAAGAUCCUGGACACCGGUCGUGGUGCAGACUGGAGAGUGGCUCAUGUGGAGGUGGCGCCAUUCUACACCUGCAAAAAGAUCAAUCAGUUGAUUUCCGAAACCGAGGCUGUAGUGACCAACGAGCUAGAAGAUGGAGAUAGACAGAAAGCUAUGAAACGUCUGCGCGUCCCACCACUUGGAGCUGCCCAACCUGCUCCAGCCUGGACAACAUUCAGAGUGGGACUUUAUUGUGGUAUAUUUAUUGUCUUGAACUGUGCAGUCAUUUAUACAGGCUAUACGAGCUAUAAAAUCAAUGAUGUGUGGCCCUUGGUGAGGAUAUACAGGGGUGGCUUUCUACUAGUGGAGUUCCUUUUUCUCCUUGGCAUCAAUACAUAUGGCUGGAGACAAGCUGGGGUCAACCACGUGCUCAUAUUUGAGCUAAACCCACGUAACAACCUCUCACAUCAGCAUCUUUUCGAGCUUGCAGGGUUCCUUGGGAUGCUGUGGUGCCUCAGCCUUUUUGCCUGUGUCUUUGGACAUCAUAUCCUUUUGCCAAUGCAGGUGAAUCCGUUGGUUCUGUACGGCUUCAUGCUACUCUUCCUUAUUAAUCCCACGAAAACCUUCUACUACAAGUCUCGCUUUUGGCUUCUUAAAUUAUUGUUCCGAGUGUUCACUGCUCCUUUCCACAAAGUGGGCUUUGCUGAUUUCUGGCUUGCUGAUCAGCUCAAUAGUCUGGCUGUGAUCCUCAUGGACCUGGAGUUUAUGAUCUGCUUCUACAGCUUUGAACUGGAAUGGGAUAGUCCACAGGGACUCAUCACUGGCGCCACCGGAAAGUGUAACACCUAUUCAUAUGGAGUUCGUGCUGUGGUUCAGUGUAUCCCAGCCUGGCUGCGCUUCAUCCAGUGUCUGCGCCGAUACAGAGAUACCAAGAGAGCGUUUCCCCAUCUGGUGAAUGCGGGAAAAUAUUCCACUACCUUCUUCAUGGUGACGUUUGCUGCUCUCUACCAAACGCACAAAGAUCAGAAUCACUCGGACGCUCAGGUGUUUUUCUACCUGUGGAUCAUCAGCUAUUUCAUCAGUUCUUGUUACACUCUAAUAUGGGAUCUGAAAAUGGAUUGGGGCCUGUUUGACCGCAAUGCAGGGGAGAACACUUUCCUGCGAGAAGAGAUUGUGUACCCACAGAAGGCUUACUACUACUGUGCUAUCAUUCAAGAUGUUAUCCUACGUUUUGCUUGGACCAUACAGAUCUCUCUCACACAGUUAAACCUUCACAACAAUGCUUCCGAUAUUAUAUCCACCGUCCUUGCUCCUCUGGAAGUCUUCCGCCGCUUUGUGUGGAACUUCUUUCGACUGGAGAAUGAGCAUCUGAAUAACUGUGGUGAAUUCCGAGCCGUACGAGAUAUUUCCGUGGCCCCUAUGAAUGCCGAUGACCAAACACUGCUGGAGCAGAUGAUGGAUCAAGAGGAUGGUGUCAAGAACAGAGUCAAGAGCAAGACGUGGAAACGGAGCCUGAGCAUAUCCUUGCGCAGACCUCGCCUGUCCUCUCAGAGUAAGGCCCGAGAUGCCAAGAUACUGAUUGAGGACACCGAUGAUGAAGCCAACACAUGAAGCAAUUACUGCUUUCAGAUUCCACGCUCCAACCAUCUUACAGGCAUUCAUCCCCCUGUCUAUCUAUCUGGCUUCUUUUUAUCCUCUCUUACAGCACCCCAUCGUUACGGGGCUGGCCUCCUGCACGCCCACUUAACCCAUUUUGGUCCCACCACAAUUCAUGGAGAGAGGUAACAAAAGAAGCCAAGGACUGCCCUUUCUUUACCAAGCUGGAAAGGACUGUCAAGGGUUGGUGGGUGAUCAGAACAAGCCUCUCCACCAAGUCUUCAAUCUUAUUGCUUGCCUGACUACAAAAGACUUGAUAUUGUUUAUUUUGCUGUGGUGCCACAUACAGCAUCCUGUGCUGGGAUUGUUGUUCUAGUCACAGCCUGAUCAUCUUUGUCUUACAUACUCCUCCACACUGUCCCUUCCUCCAUUUACCCUCUCAUGUUUGUUUGCACUCAUUGAUAUUUUGUGUUCCCACCCCCCCAGCAGUGCUGGAAGGGGUCCCAAAGAAAAGGGGCUGGGGGAGUGACAGAACUUAGAGAUAUUAACUCUCUUCAUUUAAACUAUCAUCAGUCCAUUGUUUUAAACCAAAGUUUUGUUUUCGUUGCUAUCUAUUUCCAUUCACUGAUCUUUUUUGCUGGACAUGUUUGGAUCCUUCAUGCAAUCCUAGUGGUGCAGCCACCUCCGUGUCCAACAGAAGCCAGUCCUGCCAAGGGGCCUGUAUUCUGCUCUUUGUAAGAGCUGAGCACUCCUUUUCAUAGCCUCGACAGCCUGCACUUAGGGAAGUGUGCCUAACUCUUUUGCUGCUGAGUAACUAGAGCCACAGGGGGAAUGAAUUACAGGCCCCUUAGAGCAGAGUGGUUUUAAGCUAUAUAUUCUAUCUUACUGCCAGACAAGUGACGCAUAUGUCGUAUGCAAACGAAAAACAUGUCUCAAGUAUUCUGUGUGACUUCUGUAAGUGCAGGCUCAUACUGCUAUCAACUAUUUCAUUGCUGCCUUCUGGGUUCUACCCACAUUUGCCAGCAGACCUCCCCACAAGGGCUGACAAUAGGAAACCAGUCUUAAACCCCAUCCCCUCCUUAUCCAGCACUGCAGUGGAUGCACAAUGCAGUUAUUUUGGAAGGGGGCAGCACAGUAUACAAUGCAUGCUUUUUAGAAACAAGUGCUUUGCUUUGAAGAGUUCAUUCUCACCUUCUCCAUGAGACAGGUUCUGAAGUGCGACAAUGCUGCCUCCUCUCAUACCCGUAUGCUUUCUCCAGUUAGUGCAAGGACAAUCUUUUUGAACUAGACCUCUGCUUGGUGACAAUUUACCUCUACAAGAGUCUGCUUCUCUAAGCACUUCUCCCUCCUCUUCUUUAGCUAAGGGAACAUGUGGGGGAAGCAGUGCUAAGAGAUACUGAGGGUUGUGACCGCUGCUUUGUCUUGCUGUAGCUGUAUAUGUGCAUUGCUGUUCAGCUUGGCUUCUCUUGUUCGUACGCAUGCUUUGUUUGUUCCUUCCGGGUCACGGAGGGAAUAAUUUGUGUUUUUAAGAAAGGAGCUCAGCCGCUGAGUGUAGGGAGAGGGCACCGCUGCCCUUAGCAGCCCUGCUUGUUUACGACUGUUUAAUGUGGAAACUAUCCAUUCAAAAGAAUCACAAUUACCUACGUAACAAAUUCGUCUGUGCUGAGUAUAUAACUUUACUCCUUGCCCAGGACAAUAGAAGAAUCAACUGUAUUACAUGGCAGCCACGUGGUUUGUUGUUUUAUGCAAGGAUCUGAAGUCCUAAUAUUACUGCCAGAUUUAUAUAGUGUAUAAUAACAUUGCCUUCUUAGGCUUUGUGGUAACAUUCCCUAAAAUAUAACUACUGUUUACUUGGAAAAUACUGCUAGAAGUGGAGGAAUACCUGGAUGCAUAGCCAAUUGAAAGAUAGCUACCUUACCACUACAACAUCAGGCUGCGCCUUUGUGAUGUUUACCGUGGUCCUUGGUGGUGCAUUGUGGAUAAGCUUCGUGAUUUGCAACAGGACUGGCCCACUCUGUUCUGCACACAUCCGGAGAGAGAACGGACUACUGCUCCUAUGAUCAACUAGAACAGGAGUUCCCUCCCUGACUCAGGCACAGGCCAUGCUCAAGCUUGGUAGCUGUGAUGUAACCAGUGUGUUCUUCUCGUGUAAGAUGUGAUGUAAGUCCGUGCAGCAAGGGAAUCGUGUCUGGAAGAGGAAUGUGGAAUGCCAGGGAAUAAAGGGGAAUUAAAGCACACUCCGUCCCUCCCUGCUCCCCUCUCCAGCUCUCUGUCCCCACUGUGAAGCUUUCUUCCUGCUAGAUGUCUUCAGUAUCAGCACUGUGACUUGUUCUUUCUGGUGCAUUCCUGUGUCGUGUCCCUGCACCCUACAUCUCCUUUGAUCUUAUUUUUCUUCCACCUGCGUUUUUCCCCACCUUUCUUCUUUCCACACCAUGCCUCCCCAACCCUUUCCCUUCUGCCACCCUGCUCUCUAUGAAAAUGAAGAACAGGGGACAAUCCUUGCUUGCUCUUCUCUGUGGCUGUGCUGAUAGAUUUUUGUUCCCUUUGAUGGAUAUUAAGAGUACUUUUUUUUUAAAUACUGUGGAGUAGUUUAUGGUCAGUAGGAACAUUUGGCACAAAGUGCUUCUGGUUUGUAGAUUGUAUAAAAAAAAUUAUGUGGCUUUGUGUUUGUUCUGUUUUUUUUUUUUUUUUCUUUUCUGUCUUUUUGCUAAAAGAAAAAAAGAAAUGACUGUUGUCUGGUUUAAUUUUUCAAUGAGUUUGGUAUUAAGGUAUCAAGUAAUUUGAAGUAAGGUUUGUUGAAAGUUGAAGCUUUAUUGUCAACUUUUCACAAUGUGCUGUAAAAUUAAAACAUACCUCUUACACCCUA